AUGUCUGAGCUCACCGACGAGGAGUGGGCCUCUCUACUUGGAGAAGAUGCCAAUCCUGGCCUGAAUGAUGCAGACGAGGACUCCAGUGAUGAGGAAGAAGACUCGGAUAACGAUGAGCCUAUGCCCCUCCGCCCACAGUCGCCAACCGUGCUCUUAUCGGAGGAGCCUCCAGCACCGGAUAACAUGCCUCAGCGUGUUAAACAAGCCCUUGCCCAUUUGUCUGACCUGGGACUUGACUUCACAACCUUUGUGGACGCUGUUCUCUGGGGUAAUGAGCCCUGUCGUCGCGACAGCAUGAUUCGCGGCACUCGCACAAACUUCAUGAAUAGCCCAUCGUUUCCAAAGAUCCUGGCACGGCUGUGGGACCCACCUCGACAGCAGAAAGACCGACCAUCACGGCUGGUCAUGGAGAACUUUGUGCAGCAAGCAUGGUCAGAUUUAUUGGUCCAAGAGCUCAAUGGGUUGGCACCAUUCUUUUCGUCCAAGAAGGGAGAAGAUGUGACUGUCAAAGCCCUCACGAGUCUCAACUUCACUGAGCUUACGGCUCAGGUUCAAGAGAGAGCCCCUCAUCUCUGGAAGACUCUUUUAAAUCUUGCGAUGUCGGAGGAUCAGAAGCGAAAUACUCACAAAAAUCCAUCGAAAACAAUUAUUAUGAUUCUCGCGAUGCUAUCCUACUCUCGUUCACACAAACGGAACCUCUUCUAA